CGAGAAAAUAAUCAUGCCUGAUCCCGCAAAGACUGCGCCCAAGAAGGGCUCGAAGAAAGCCGUGACAAAGACCGCCGGGAAAGGCGGCAAGAAGAAGAGAAAGACCAGGAAGGAGAGCUACGCCAUCUACGUGUACAAGGUGCUGAAGCAGGUCCACCCCGACACCGGCAUCUCGUCCAAGGCCAUGAGCAUCAUGAACUCUUUCGUCAACGACAUCUUUGAGCGCAUCGGGGGAGAGGCCUCUCGCCUGGCGCACUACAACAAGCGCUCCACCAUCACCUCCAGGGAGAUCCAGACCGCCGUGCGCCUCCUGCUGCCCGGAGAGCUGGCCAAACACGCUGUGUCCGAGGGCACCAAGGCCGUCACCAAGUACACUAGCUCCAAGUAAACUGAGCGCUCCUAAACACACUCA